AAAAGCGGCUGUUUUGUGGCUUGCGUUAUAUAUUACUUGAUAUUCAAACUUAUCAUAUUAAAGUGUUGUUCAAGAUUCCCUGAGACAAGAAUAUUCCAUUUAUCCUAUUUAGUUAAUUUAUUCGAUUGUAAUUAAGUAGAACUAUGGGUUGUGUUUAAAGUUUGUUGAUUGUAAUUGCCAUUUACAAUAAAUUAAUUUCUUUGUAUAAAUUAUCCAAUUAAGAUUAUUCUUAUAUAAAACUAUCAUCCUUUUGUUUGUAAGACAUGAGACUUCCGUUUGCUUAAAAAGUACCUUAUUUACUGUCGAUUAGCUGAACUUAGUCCUCAGUUCAGCCUAUGUCAACUGUCAGCAGAAGUUAGACGAACUAUGUUUGUGUCGCGGUUAGCACUUGUAUCAAAGGGAGUGCCCAAAAUUAUUCGUCUAUGUGGCAAGAAAUUUGCGUACAAAAUAAAUACAAAAGAACAACAGUGUUAUAAAACAUUACUUUCCGAAACCUGGGAAUCGGUUUCUCAUCAGCAUUUUCCAAAUGCAGAAUCCUCAACAGUUUUAGAAGACAGAAAUGCAGAUGAUCUUCCUGUUCAGAGUUCCAGGAGUCAAACUACGGACUUUACAAGGACCCUUGCCCCAGAGGAUUUGAACAAAAUUUAUUCUGACGAAGAUCCAUCAUUGCCGUUUUUGUCUAUUACAUGCUCAGGAUGUGGAUCACCGUUACAUAGUAAAGCUGCAGGAUAUCCAGGUUUCAUACCCUCGACCGAAUAUAAAAGCAUUAUGUCCAGUACGGGGCGGUCACUUUCUCGUUCUAAAUACAGAAAACCUGUGCUCACUCUUUGUGUACGUUGUAAUCUACUUCAAAAACACACUGAAGCGUCGAAAGAAACAAUAAAUGAGUCGUCUUUUCUGACUAAAGUAACCCAGGAAAUACAAAAAUACGAAGAUGCGGUUUUAAUCGUUAUUGCCGAUGUGGUUAACCUUCCACAUUCUUUGAUUCCGGAAUUACAUACAGAAUUAAAGGGCAAAAGGUAUGUGCUCGUUGGUAACAAGGCUGACCAGUUACCAGGUGAUGGACCGCAUUUCAUAGAGAGGUGGUGUUCAGCGUUGUUGGAAGCAGCGAUUUCGAGGAGCAAAAUACCAGAAGAGAAUAUUAAUCACAUCUCCAUUAUUAGUGCAUUGACUGGUUAUGGUAUACCAGAACUAAUCGACUUCCUGUUAUCUAAACGUUUUCAUUGUAAAAGUCCAAUAUAUUUGAUAGGUUCUACAAAUGUCGGAAAGUCUAGUUUAUUCAAUCGUUUAUUAUUGUCAGAUUUAUGUAAAUCAGAAGCCAAAGAAUCUAUUCAUCGAGCUACAAUAUCUUCGUGGCCAGGUACUACAAUGGGCCUCUUAAGUUUUCCAUUAACCUUAAUGAAUUCAGCUAAACGUGGUCAGCGUAUACAAUCACGUUAUGAACAAUCAUAUCAAAAGACUAUACAAAAUAGAGAAUGCAGUUCAUCACAUGGUUUCCGAUAUUUGAAACCAAAAGAAAUUGUUUCUGGUAUUUGUGACAAACGGUCGGCAAACUAUUAUGCAGCAAAAAAGGCUCGUGAAACGCUGCCGGAUUUGUCUACUAUGCCAACAUACACAUGGAAACCUAAUGAAAAUUCAAAUUCCAACAAAUCUGGGAUUUGUGUUGGUAGUGAGUUCGGAUUAGAACAGUUGGCUUCUGAGUUAUUUCCUGGAGAUAUUUUCAUUGACAAAGCUUCUUGGGAUGGAGAUCAAAGUACUCGAUUACUAACAAAUAUAUUGAAUCCAAGAUAUUUCAAUGAUCGUGCAUGGUGUUAUGAUACUCCAGGUGUUUUUUGUAAAGACCAGAUUCUUAACUAUCUCUCAUCAAAAUUAUUACAUUCUAUGACUAAUUACAAAUCAGAGGGAACUGGUAUUUUCCACUUACCGAAUGGUGUAAAUAAUAAAGUUUUAAUUCCUCGUACAUUCGUCAUGCGGCCAGGUUUGACACUUUUAAUGGGAUCACUUGGUCGUUUAGAUGUUUUGAAAGCUCCAAGUUCUGUUUAUUUUACCACUUUUUCUCAUCUUCCAAUUCAUAUUGUAUCUACAAAAGAAGUUGAUGAGUAUAAAAGUCGAUUUUUCAAAUUUCUUAUGCCAAAAAUUAAAAAUAAUUCUGUAAAUACUGAUAAUAAUUAUAAUAAUACAGCUGGACCUUGUGGUUUACUACCACCAAUGCAAUCAAAAAAUCUUGAUCCUAUUGAAACUGUACCUAAUUUAGAUCAGUCCAACAUAGAUGUUGUUUUAUCCGGAGCAGGAUGGAUCAGUGUAGCUGGUUUAUCAAAGACCAAUCAGAAAUUACUAGAUGAGAAAGAUUCAGAAGAAAUAUCUACUGAAAACAGUGUUGUUGAUGAUGAUAACGAUAAUAAUAAUAAUGAUGAAUUGUUUUGUGCUGAUAUCUUAUUAACAGCAUGGACUCCUGGAGCUUUAGGCAUUUCAUUAAGAAAGCCUUUAAUUCCAUAUGCAAUUAAACGUCGCGGUCAUCGUUUAAAAUGGUUAAGAGAAUUCUCAGGUAUUCGAUGAUCUUUAUAGUUGUGAUUAGUUUUUCUGUUGACUCUGUAAAAUAAAUAAAUAAACUUCUAUCACUCAGAAUUUAGUUUUUUUUAUUGUUUUAAGAUUAGUAAGUAUUUGGUUGGAGACAUUUUUUUCUUUAGUUGUAGGCGUUUCAGUAACAUGCUCAAAAGUUGUUCCCAGAUUAUCGACUCAUUAAUAGCCAUUUGUGUUAUGGUAUUCUAAUUACUUUGGAAUUUGUUGAUUAUUUAAAUGUCUCUUUAUUUCCUAAAUUCAUUUCAUUCUAUCGAGUUUAUGAAAGAAAUGCGUGUAUUUUAUGUGUUUGGCGAAACAACUGGCAGAUCUGUCUAAAAUGCGAUCUGGGUCAAUACAUGAGGACUGGAAAAGAUCAUAGACACACGAAUGCAAUAUAUUCAAAUAUAUGAAUCGAGUACGUAAUCAUGUACUUAACACUUAUCCUUUAAUUCAAAUACCACAGUCUUCGAAACCGAAUACCGUGUGAUGUCUAACUAAAAAUGAUAAAUAACAUAGCAUCUAAUUAGAAGUAUUACAAUUGUAACACUACUAAUAAUAAUGUAUUUUCUAAAAAACAAUUAUGGAAUACAUCUGAAUUUUCAUCCACAAUUACCGUAAUGCCAUAAAAAAUUUACUGAUAUUUCAUCAUACAUCUUGUACACAAUUAAAUAAAUGAGAGAUUGUAAAUACGAGAAGUAUUAUUGCUUAUAGUGGGGUAUUUGUAGAAUAUAAGAAGAUAACCAGGAAAGUCGUACGUGACGUUCAGCAAUGUUCAGCAGUUUCUAUAAACUUUUCCUAUUUUGAAGACCGUUGACUCAUUUAAAAAAUUGCUUUUAUAGUAAUGGUUGAAUGUUUUUCUUCAAGAAUCCUUUGGAAGUUUAUGUAGAGGUGGAAAUUUGAUAGGAGCAACAAAUGCAUCAAACGAUCGUUAAGUUAAUUAAUCUCAUUUAAGCCACUGGUAACCAGAAUACUGGUGCGAAUGUAGUAUUCUGUAACUUAGCUUGCGUUCCAGUGAACAACUAAACAUGAUUAUUACAAUGAUAAGCAAAGUACUAUAAAGUAUAUUCUUUAACCCUAAAAACCUCUAUUUUGUGUUCCAUAGUUCUUUAAUAUCAUACCUAUUCAUGAAAUAAAUCAUGUUCAGACAGGAACUCCAAGUACACAUCUCGUUUGCGGUAUUGGAUUCAAAUAACUAUAAAUUUUAUGAAUAUACCCAGAAAUAGUACCUAUGAAGGUUAUGCUUUAAUUGUCAAGACAUCGUUUAUAUCGGCAUGUGUUAUUGAUUAGAAGAGAAGAUAGACGCACAAAUCUGGGAGUGACAAAUUUUCAACGCAACACUAGUUUCUAACUUCUCUUACUGUUGCUGUUAUGUAGUGCAAAAUACUUCCAGAGUAAACUACCCGAGUUGAUAGGAACCAGUAGUCGCGGAUUUUUUAUGUUACGUUUAAAUUCCUAUCACAAUCGUGCAAAUACAUUCUUCGUUUUAAAUCCUCAGUAGCUCACUCCUAUUCUCCUUUUCCUCAACUAAUGUCGUUUGUCUUUUCUCGGAUAAAUGAUUUUUUUUUCAAUGUUUUUGCAAGUUAUAACACAAUGAACUAAUAUCCCAUAAAUUUACGUUCUUUAGUACUAUCUAUCAGAUUCUGUCAACCUUUCUGAUAACUCUUGCUAAUUGAACGCUGUAUUCGCUUCCUAAGCUAUUCUCGUAACCCUAAAGCUAGAACUACACAGCGACCUGAGCACGAGAGAAAAGGCGCAAAAUAUGCGAGAAGCACUCUACUCCAGAGGUUCGUUUUAGUACAGAAAGUAUAGGGUUUUUAUAGUAUUUUAGAAGUGUUUGGGUUUCCCGAA